AUGGAGACACCACAUAUCGAUCAUUUAACAGCUCAGGACUUUGAACACGUUUACGAACCAGCAGAGGAUUCUUUUCUGCUAUUAGAUGCUUUAGAAUCAGAUUUGGAUUUCAUAGAGCAUAAAUUACAGCCCACAGUUUGUUUGGAAAUUGGCCCUGGUAGUGGUGUAAUUAUUACAGCUUUAUCGAAACGUCUAACUUGUAACACUUUAUGUUUAGCUUGUGAUAUUAAUCCCUAUGCCUGUAGAGUCACUAAACGAACUGCCGUACGAAAUGCCACGAGAGUCGAUUGCAUUCGUGGCAAUUUAGCAGAUGCUCUUAAUACGCAAAAGAUUGAUUUAUUAAUAUUUAAUCCACCUUAUGUAGUCACAAGCGACGAGGAACUUAAACAAAUUAACAAAUUUGGCGAUUGUACAGAAGAUAAUCUGGUGUAUUCGUGGGCAGGUGGUCAACACGGUAGACGCAUUAUUGACGUGUUAAUUGAAAAGUUGCCCAAUAUAUUAUCGGCUCAGGGUGUUUUUUAUUUGCUUUUAUUAAGAGAAAAUAAACCAAAAGAAAUAAUGGAAAAACUAAUGCAUAUGGGAUUUAAAAGUGAGACGUUAAUAGAACGACGCAUACCAGGCGAAUAUUUGUAUGUUUUAAAAAUUAAACAUUAAUAUUAAAUGUGUUUAAAAAUAUAAAUAUUUUAUGUAAAAUAAAUGCAAUAGAACUUUUAAAUUUUUUUUUAAUUAUAGUACCGUUUUUAACCAAAUAUAUCCUUAUGCUUACUUGAAAACAGA